AUGCCCGUCAGAAACAACCUCUUUUCUUGUAGUGUUACAAAAGUUAUGAACAUUGCUAAGAUGAUGAAAGAUGAGUACAAUGAUAAAGAUUGCUCGCUUUUGGGUAUUGGAGGUGUUGAAACUGGCUAUGAUGGAGCUGAAUUCAUUCUCCUCCGAUCAAACAUUGUACAGAUAUGCAUUGGUGUGAUGGUGCAUGGAUAUGGUCGUGUGAUAACCCUAUGCGCCGAGCUUCAAGAUUUUAUGGAAUAA